GGGCGUUUUAGGUGCUUGUAAUGCAUCAACUUAAAAUAUUUACAAAAUCCAGACAAAGGAGGGAAAGAGACAAAGAGACUGAGGCAGAGAAAGGCUGAGAGAGAGAGAGAGAGAGAGAGAGAGAGAGAGCGCGCGCAUGGACGCUUUAUUCUCUCCGUUUCGUUUAUGUGUAUCGGUGUGUUUCAGGACAGUAAAAUGUAUUCUGGUCUUAAUAUGUAUAAGUUUCUAAGAGUCUCGUCUCUCCACUGAACUCCGCUCAUGGUGCUCGGACACAUAGCGCCAUUUACGUGCAUAUUCUUCACCUCCUCGCGGAUCAGCUGAACAAAAGUCUCCACAAUGGAUCUUACAUUUAUGGCUACGCAGAUCCCAGUUAUGACAGGAGCAUUCAUGGACUCAUCACCCAACGAUGAUUACAGCACUGAACAUUCUCUCUUCAACUCAUCUGCCAGUGUGAAUGCGGCUCCCAUGACCUUAGUUCCGAAUCAACACGAUGAGCAGCAGCGCGUCUCCACUGAUGCUAUCUGGCUGUGGAUCGCCAUCAUUGCCACUAUUGGGAACAUUGUGGUGGUUGGAGUGGUUUACGCAUUCACUUUCUGAUCUGUCCAUUUAAAGAAACUUUAUUGGAAAUGUUGUGUUGGUUUUGAUGAUAAACAUGAUGAACAUUUGCACACAAAACCUUCCCUUCUACAAUGUUAUUUCAAAGCUUACACUUCAGUAAGCUGUGUUUGUUUAUUCUGAAGAUGUUCAAAUGGAUUAACUGGCUUUAGGUGCUGAACCUUCUUCAGUAUCCCAGAAGACCUUAGAAGCAAUUAAGAGGAGUGUUCUUCAAUUAUUUGGAUGACAGGACAGCAAAUCUUUAAACAUUAAACGAAAGCAAGGGACAGACACACACACACACACACACACACACACACACACACACACAGUCAAACACUAAGAAAGUGGUUUGUGUAUUAGUAUUAGACAUUAUAACAACACUUCUCUAGUGGUUAUGAUAAAAGAUGAAUCUCUUCUGUAUAAAAAUGUUUCCUAGUUACACAUUUCAUUCUGUAUAACAUUCAGCUAUAUUACUUUGUAUAACACUAUAUGUUUAAAAGACAGUCUAGUUGAUUGAAUUCAAAUACUAGAUAUUUAAAUAUUUUUGCAUCAAUUAUCUUUUUUCUAGGCCUCUGUCAUUACGUACCUUAUCCCAGAGUCCCUUUUCUGUGUUGAAAUCUCCUAUGCAGUUGUUGCUAUGGUGAUUAAUCCUGUCUAAUUAAGGACAUGAAGUGACUCUCCUACAGCCAAGAAAAAGAAAGCUCCAGAAGAUGUUGCCCUAGCUGUUGACCCUCUUAUUAUUCACCCAGCUGUUUUACUUCUUCUGGUUGAAGAGAACUAUCCAGGGAAAAAGCCAUAAGUGCAUAUUAUGUUCAAUUAUAGUGUUACUUUAUGGGUUGCCAUGGAGAAGGUUGGAUGGGGUACAUAAACGGGGAACUAAAAUGCCUCCACAGAGCUCUGGUUCUCUAAUCUGCUUCCAGGGAAAUUUUUGGAGCAGAAUAGUCAGGUCUGUAAUCAAGCCCAAGAAAAAGUAAUGUAUUUAAACAUAUCUUGUCUUUAAAUGCACUUUCACCGAAUCACAUUAUACGGUUAUGGUAAAAAAACGAAAUGUAAUGUUCCCAACAUUAUUCCAAUAAUAAUGUACUGAAAGGGAAGUUA